UGCGGAAAGUUUCAGGACAGAAAAGAAACAGGAGAGCGAUAAAACAUGAGUGCGUACAAAUUCUGCAUUCUCCUGCUUUGCCCUUCGUUUUGCUUUGCACAAGGUAAAUCAUGUGACCAACCUCCAGACAUUGAGAAUGCAUUAGUUACUGUAUGGAAACAACAGUACAAACAUGGUGAAAGUGCCAAAUAUACAUGUCAGGCUGGAUACACAAUAUCUGAAGAUGAUCAAGCUAAAUGUGACGAAGGGAAAUGGAGAAACGUUCCCAAGUGUACUUCAACAUCUUGUGAAUCAGCUCCAGAAAUACCCAAUGCUGUGCUAAUGAAUAAGAAGAAUAAUUACAACUCAGGGGACAGAGCCUUUUUUAGAUGUAACACAGGUUAUGUUUUUAACAUGGAUCAAAAUUCAGCAAUUUGUAAAAAUUCUCAGUGGAAAGAACUGCCAGAAUGUAGAAGAGAAGGACAGAGCUGUGGGCCUCCCCCUGUGGUACAGUUUGGAGACACCCUACAAACCAGAGAACGUACCAAUAAACAUGGCACCGUAAUGACUUAUAAGUGUCCAGAAUAUUACAUACUUGAAGGAAACCGAGAGGUUGUAUGUAGGAAUGGAAAAUGGGAUGAUCCACCAAUCUGUAUAGCUACAUCUUGUGAAUCAGCUCCAGAAAUACCCAAUGCUGUGCUAAUGAUUAAGAAGAAUAAUUACAACUCAGGGGACAGAGCCUUUUUUAGAUGUAACACAGGUUAUGUUUUUAACAUGGGUCAAAAUUCAGCAAUUUGUAAAAAUUCUCAGUGGAAAGAACUGCCAGAAUGUAGAAGAGAAGGACAGAGCUGUGGGCCUCCCCCUGUGGUACAGUUUGGGGACACCCUACAAACCAGAGAACGUACCAAUAAACAUGGCACAGUAAUGACUUAUAAGUGUCCAGAAUAUUACAUACUUGAAGGAAACCGAGAGGUUGUAUGUAGGAAUGGAAAAUGGGAUGAUCCACCAAUCUGUAUAGAGCCCUGUACUACUUCAGAAAGAGACAUGAAAGCUAACAAUAUUCAAAUGAAAUGGAUAAGGGAUAAAAAAUAUUACAGCCGCCAUAAUGAGUGGAUUGGAUUUUCAUGUUUAUAUGGCUAUGAAAUAUCUGAUGAGAAGUUGUUAAGAAUACAGUGCAACAGAAGUGUCCUGCCCUAUCCUAAGUGUACUAAAAUAGGUUCUUGUUUAUUGUCACUUAUUGCUAUGGAUGAAAAGAAUAUAGUUGUAAAUGGAAGCACUGAAAUUGAAGAUGGCAAAACAGCUAACUUUUUGUGUAAGGAAGGAUUGAUUCCAAUAGAUACAAUGACUCAAGUAUGCAAUAAUAAAAAGAUAAAUUAUCCAACCUGUAGAAGCGCUGACAGUUGUCAAAUAUCUCAAGAACAAUUGGAUGAAAAUGGGUUGGAACUAGAUUCAAAGGAUAAAGCAUCAGUGUAUUUUGAAGAUAGAGAGUUUAUCCAAUUUAAAUGUAAAACUGGUUUAACUAUCAUUACUGGUACUGUGGGACUGUGUGCAAAAACACAUAUUACCUAUCCAAAGUGUACUAAUGUAGAAAUUUGCCGAAUAUCUCAAUACCAGCUUGACGAGAAUGGGUUGGAACUAGAUUCCAAGGAUAAAGCUUCAGUCUUUUUUGAACAUGGUGACCUUAUCCAGUUUAAAUGUAAAACUGGUUUCGCUAUCACUACUGGCACAAUGGGGCUCUGUGCAAAAACACAAAUUACCUAUCCAAGAUGCACUAAAAUAUAGGAACUCAUUGGGAUGAAGAUCUGAUUCAGCCUUCUGGGGACUCUAUUCCAAACAUAGCACAUACAGACAAUUGUUCCUGUAGCUAAACUGUGGCUGAACUAUAACCCUUAACUGCAGCUCUGCAACAUAUGGAUACAUUGAAAUACUCUAUGUUCUCUUAUUGCUAUUUCAUCAGCUGAUGUUCUUUCUUUGCCCAUAGGCUUUAUAUUCUCUGAACUAAUGAAGAAUCUUAUUAAACGCCAUCAGCACUUGCUUUUGAA